AUGCGAUUUUUUCUACUCGCUCAAUUCUUUUUCUUCUACUUUUCCUUGGCGGCGGUUAGCGAGAAGAAGUGCUCCAGGAAUAGUAUUAACCUCGGUGUGUCUGGAAUUUCGGAAAUCACUGGUGACUUUUCGUUGGAUGUGAUGUAUAGUGAGAUUUGGCAGGACCCACGGUUAUCGUUCAAACAUCUCAAUGUUUGUGCGACUAAUAUUACAUUGAAGUCCGACUUCCGCAAAAAAAUCUGGACGCCUGACACAUGUAUCAUCAACUCGAAAUCCAGCUCCAUUCACUCAUCGCCCAGCGAGAACACUUUUGUGAUUUUGUACGAAAAUGGACUCGUCUGGAGUAAUUUUAGGUUAAACGUCAAGACGCCGUGCUCAGUGAAUCUAAAGAUGUUCCCAUUCGAUUCUCUUUCCUGUGAAAUUGUCCUUGAAUCCUACUCAUUUAACACCGACGAAGUACGAUUGAUGUGGCACGAUGUGCCUAUAACAAUGAUGGAGAAGGUUGAGCUACCGGACUUCGAUCUAAUUGGAUGGUCAACAGACCAUCAGCGGUUAGAAUAUCCGAAUGGAAUAUGGGAUCGAGCGAAGGUCAAAUUCACAUUUGCACGUCGCUACGGUUUCUACCUUUUCCAGUCCUAUUUCCCCACAUCACUUACCGUAAUCUCCUCAUGGGUCGGAUUCUUUUUCGACGUUCGCAGUGUGUCGGCAAGAAUCACACUGGGCGUUUCGUCGCUGUUAGCGCUGACAUUCCAGUUUGGAAACGUUUUAAGACACUUGCCACGUGUCAGCUAUAUCAAAUGCCUCGAUGUUUGGAUGAUUUUCUCAGUCAUCUUCAUUUUUUGUACAUUGGUUGAAUUGGCGAUUGUUUGUCAGUUGAAUAGAUGGGAGCGAGAACGACAAAUCGGCUCAAAAGUGCUCGGUCACUGGCUGAAUCAGAUUCGAAAAACGCGAAAAAAGGAGACAAAAGGAGAGGAAGGAAAUGGUGGAGGUCUUCUGCGGAAGCGAAUGCAAGGUCUUGCUCAACUGAAGACCGACGCCAAUGCUGGAAGCGGCGGCACGACGACUACAGCGAUUCCAGCGCCAAAUUCAAAUAAUACGGAUAACAAUAAACUGGUUGCGAAUAACUUUGCAUCGAUAGAACACGAUACCUACGCCUACGAGAAAAAGAGCGGAUUCGGUUACCGUGUUCAGCAACUCGUAUACAUGUUGUGCCCUCCGGAUCGCGACUGGACGAUUACGAGUGUGCAGGUUGAUCGCUGCUCUAUGAUCAUGUUUCCGCUGUCGUUUCUCAUCUUUAACGUUGUCUACUGGUCAAUUUAUUUCAUGAAAAUGGAUCGUCCUAUGUAA